CCGCUUAACUGAACUAUCUGAUCCGGAGGCUUUAUCUGAUCGCCACAUAACAUUUACAGCGAAAGGACUGGACGCACUGUGUGCACUGUGCAAUAACCCAAGUAUGUCUCGAGAGCAGAAAGCAGUGGAGCGUGCCAGGAAGGCCUUCCUCACCGGCCGGAGCAAAUCACUGGAGUACCGCAUUACACAGCUGAAAAACCUGCUGCGUUUUGUCAGAGAACGACAGAAUGAAAUUGCAGAGGGCCUCAAAAAGGAUCUCAGAAGGAGUGAGUUUGGAACUCCUUUGUAUGAGACUCUGGGUCUGGAGAGUGAGAUUAACCUGGCUGUGAGAGAGCUGAAAGAUUGGGCAGCUCCUCGACCCGUGAGCAAGAGCAUGAUGACCAUCUCAGACCAGGUCUACAUCCAGCCUGAGCCCCUGGGAGUUGUGCUGGUCAUUGGGGCCUGGAACUACCCCUGGGCUGUCACCAUCGGGCCCCUCAUAGGAGCUAUAGCAGCAGGUAAUGCAGCUGUGAUCAAGCCAUCUGAAGUCAGUUCUCACACUUCCAAAGUAAUGGAGGACCUCUUACCACUGUACUUGGACAAAGAGUUGUACCCUGUCGUCGCCGGUGGGGUGACAGAGACCCAAGAGCUGCUCAAGCAGCGGUUUGAUCACAUCUUCUACACUGGGAACGGUACAGUGGCUAAAAUCAUCAUGGAGGCUGCUGCGAAACACCUAACCCCGUCCACUCUGGAGCUGGGCGGAAAGAGCCCGUGCUACAUCGACAACAACUGUGACCUUGCCGUCGCAUGCCGGCGUAUUGCAUGGGGGAAGUAUUCAAACUGUGGUCAGACCUGCAUUGCUCCGGACUACAUACUGUGUGACCCCAGUAUACAAGACAGAGUGAUUGAAGAGAUCAAGAAGAAUAUUAAAGAAUUCUAUACCGAAGACCCCAAAAAAUGUCUGGAUUAUGGACGCAUCAUCAAUGAGCGCCACUUCAAGAGACUGAUGGCAUUGCUGGAGGGCAGCAGCGUCGCUGUGGGGGGUGAAAACGACGAGUCAGAGUGCUACAUUGCUCCUACAGUUUUAAGGGACGUGAAGCCGGAUGCCAAGGUGAUGCAGGAGGAGAUCUUCGGGCCACUGUUGCCCGUCCUGACAGUGAGCAGUGCAGAUGAAGCCAUCAAAUUCAUCAACCAGAGAGAGAAGCCCCUUGCCUUGUACAUCUUCUCUUCAGACAACAAGCUGAUCAAGCGUAUGAUAGCGGAGACCUCUAGUGGUGGAGUGUUGGCCAAUGACUGUUUGAUGCACUUCUCAGUAAGCUCUUUGCCGUUUGGUGGAGUUGGUAACAGUGGGAUGGGCCGCUAUCAUGGCAAGUACGGGUUUGAUCACUUGAGCCACUUGCGGGGCUGUCUGAUCAAACAGCUGAAGAUGGAGGGGGUGAAUAAGAUGCGUUAUCCACCACAUACAGCAGACAAGCUGGGCUGGGCACGCUUUUUCAUCCUCAAACACGUCGACUUUGGCAGUCUGGGCCGCAUGGCGCUGCUGGCUCUGCUGGCGGUCUUUGUUGCCGUGAUUUUACAGAGAAACUAUACUGAUUAAGAAUGUGAAUGAUAUGAAGAAAUCUUUUCUCCACUCAGAAGACCUGGGUCAGAUGGUGGGAAAACUCCUACUGAAGUGCUGCUUCUCUCCUUUGCCUUCGUUUUAUUAUGGCCAUGAUUUAUUUCCAUCAUUAAGACAAUGCUGCAUUUUAGGUCAUUUAAACUAACAUGCAGUUUUAAUACUAAUUAUAAUAUCUGAAGCACUUUAAUCAGUGUUUAUUUUAGAAUACACUUUUUUUAUGCUAGAUAUUUUU